CGUCGAGCCUUUUCGUCACAUGCCACAGCCCUGGACGAGACCACACGCUGCAUUUCCCUUUUCAGCAAAGCCAUCGCACCGUCUUGUCUGGAUAUCGGCGCUACGUUCGGCCACAAAGAGCAAUUCGCACCAAGCUGUCAAUAUUCGGACAUCUAGAGUAGCUGGUGAUGCGGUUGGCAUGUGAAUAGGGCAGGUGAGACAAGGAACGUGGUCCCCCAAUCCCUGGCAUACUCCUUCGGAGUCCUUCCUCCAAGGCGGCUCCGAGGCCUGAGCUCCGACUUGAUUCCCCUGCCUUCAGCUUUCUGCUACUACGGAUAACGCUCUCCUUGCACGUCGCGUAUCGGAGGUCAGCCACAACCGUCUAAAUACUUGUCACGCUGCCCAAGCAAAGGGCUGCUACGCCUCUCAUCUAAUGGAAUACCUUUUGCGGCCACUGCGAGUUGCAACAUCGCCCCCAGCUAGAAGGACAUAUUUAGGGACAAUCCUGUUCCUGGCAACCUCAUUCAUCUUGCUGUGUAUCGCCGUGCUGGCGUACCUCGUCUUCUACUUCAACUACGUGCCACAAAAGCUCGUCUCGGUACCUAUUCAUCUUCAGUAUAAUGCUGGACUGAGCCCGUUUGGCAUUGCGGAUCUGGCAUCAACCUUGAUGCUGGAGCAAGCUUACGACGUGACCGUGGACCUGACGCUGCCGCGCUCGCCAGUCAAUCUCGAGCGUGGCAACUUCAUGGUCGCCUUAUACGCUCUACGGUCCCUGCCUGACAAUCCUGCCUCGGCUUUCAGGCUCCCCUCGGAUCCAUAUGAGCACGUCACGGCUAGCAAUGUGGUCUUUGCCUCUCGCCGCCCAGCCCUGAUCCCGUAUGAAGAUCCUCUCGUGUCCACGGCUUCACGCCUUCUGUUCUUACUCUAUCACAUCAUAUUUCCCUCGUCGGAGCAAGUCACCCUGACUGUUCCCAUGGGUGAGUUGGUUGACUUCAAGGACGUGCUACCACUCUCGAUACUGCUAGAUGUACAAGCCGGCCAGACGCUACAAGUCUACUCAGCAACAGUCACUCUAGUCGCAAGGCUAAGGGGGCUCCGCUGGCUCAUGUAUAACCACCGCGUCAUCUCGUUCGUGGUGUGCACCACAGUUUUCUGGCUGUUUGAAAUCGUGUCUACCCUCAUCGCUUGGCUUGCACUCGCGUACGUCGUCUCGAACCAGCAGCCAAAGACUCAGCGCGAGUACGGCGGCAAGGGGGUUUCUCGAGGUGGCGAGCUUGCUGGCCGGCGAGCACAACAAGAUUAUGCUGGCCAGACGGAUCAUUCCCGCGGCUCUGAUGCUCAGGUCAAGAAUGAGCUGGAGGCCAGCAGUGACGACAUUGAUGUCAAGCAGGAGGAGGCGGAGGACGAGGUGCUGGCGGGUCUGUCUCGGCACGGAGGAGAUGCUGAUGAUGAAGAGGAAGAUCUCAAGGACCUAGGUCCGGGAAGCACGGGAAGUGCACUGCAUGAUGUGAAGGGUGCCGGCUCGCUGCGCCGGAGAUCCUCCCAGAAGGGAAGGAUGUCUUCAUGAACUCUUGAGGCCCGAGCGAGCUGCCUAGGGUGUUUUAUGGGCACUAAUUGGAAGGCUGAGGACAAGUUGGGAUUUGGGAGGGAUCACACCAGGCCUGCAAAUGAAUCGAAGCUGGCUCAUAUCGCGGACACGUGUUUGCUCCAAUGUAUGCAGGUUGGUGAACAAAUAAACUGCUGGAUGACA